CAAGGAGAAUAAAGGAGCCAUCUCUGUCUCUGUCUCUCUCCCUCUCCCUCUCUGUUUCUUGACGAGAUUGUCUGAGACUGAAAGUCACCGAGGGAGAAACCUUAUUUCAUAAUUCUCUUUGUCGUCCAUUUAGUCCAUUGUUGCUCUUUGUUCUUCCAAGGUUUCCGUUUGUCUUCUCCCACUUCAGAUACUGUUGUUGUUCUAUAUUCGGCUCCAUCUUUUUUCCAGUUCCGAAAUUUUAUUCUUCAUCAAUUCCCCAGCGGCCCUCUGCAAUCUCUCCUCACUUGAAAAUGUUUGCGUUUAUGAAAGCACCCGCUAAUAAGGUCACUAAGCAGAACUCGGUUGACACAGGAUCCAACCCUUUCGAUUCUGACUCUGACUGUGACACCAAACAAAGCCUUAAACCUUCAAGAAGAACCUCUUCUGAAUCUUCUCUUAAUGUCAAUGAUGGGGAUGGAAAAGGAUCCUCUUCCUCUUCAUAUACAGUUACUGCGGCACAAAGAAGCAAAUAUAAGAAUGAUUUCCGUGACUCGGGAGGAUUAGAGAACCAGAGUGUGCAAGAGCUAGAGAAUUAUGCUGCAUACAAGGCUGAGGAGACUACUAGUGCGGUCAACAAUUGCCUGAGAAUUGCUGAAGAUAUCAGAGACGAUGCUUCUAGAACUCUGGUCACCUUGCAUCAGCAGGGCGAGCAAAUUGCAAGGAUCCACAACACUGCCGUUGAUAUUGAUCAGGAUCUAAGUCGGGGUGAGAAACUUUUGGGAAGCCUUGGAGGCAUGUUCUCUAUAACAUGGAAGCCAAAGAAGACUCGUGAAAUUACAGGACCAGUAGUCACAAAAGAUAAUCCAUCCAAAAAGAAGGCCAGCCACUUGGAGCAAAAGGAGAAGUUAGGGAUAAAACCAUCAAAGGGAAAGUCAAACUCUGAACCAGCUCCUGAACCCACCACUGCACUAGAGAAAGUUGAGGUAGAGAAGGCAAAACAAGAUGAUGCGCUCUCGGAUUUAAGUAAUAUUUUGGGUGAUCUGAAGGGGAUGGCCAUUGACAUGGGAACUGAGCUCGAUAGGCAAAAUAAAGCUCUAGACCAUCUUAAUGAUGAUAUAGACGAACUGAAUUCCCGGAUGAAAAAUGCCAACCAGCGUGGGCGUCGUUUGCUUGGAAAGUAGAAGAUUGUUUUGUUUUUUUCUUUCCAGGCCUGCUGUCUAACAAGCACAUUUACUGAACUUUGUGAACGUCUGCCCCCCAUCGGCUUCAAUGGUUCCUUCUCUAAUGUAUUAAUGACUGUGGACUUACUGAAUCCUAAUACCAUUUUCCCCCCUCUUCUUGUUUUGUUCUUCUAUCUAAAAAGCCUUCUUUGUAAAUUGUACAGAGGCUGAAAAUAUUACAUAAAUUUACCUUUAUUUUGUAUUUGGUUACUUGACUUCUUCCUUUGUACACUUUGUAUUCAAUAUUU